AUGGGCCCUCGCAAGAACAGCGACAUCCUCAGGUGCAUUCUCAGGAGCGACGGCACCCUAGAGACCCUGAAUGGAGCAGUGGAGCCUGCAGGGACCUACCCAGGGGCAGCACAGCCCCCAGGGAAAAUCCCAGAAAAUGUUCCAGGGGCAGUGGCGCACUGGAAACCCUCCCAGGGGGCAGUUGAGCCUCCAGGGACCAUCCCAGAGACCUUCCCAGGGACGGCGGCAUCUCAAAGCACACUCCCAGGGGAAUCCACACCCCCCAGAAAUUUUCCAGGGAUGCCUGGCGCUACCAGGGGCCUUCGGAGGGGUGGUGGACAUCUCAGGAACCCUCCCAGGUGCCGCGACGCCUCCAGGGUGCCCCCCAGUGGUGACGGUGCCCCCAGGGGCCCUCGCAACAACAGCGGCAUCGUCAGGUGCAUUCUCAGGAGCGACGGCACCCCAGGGACCCUAACUGGAGCAGCAGAGCCUGCAGGGACCUACCCAGGGGCAGCACAGUCCCUAGAGACCAUCCCAGAAACUGUUCUAGGGGAGCCUCGCAACAACAGCGGUAUCCCAGGCAUUCUCAGGAACAACGGCCACCAGGACCCUGACUGGCGAGCAGUGGCCAGUAGGGACCUUCCCAGCAGCACAACCCCAGGACCAUCCCAAAACCGUUCCAGUAGCAGGUGCACUGGAAACCUCCCAGGUCCCGUGGCGCCCCCAGGACCCCUCCCAAGGGCGGUGGUGACCCAGAACCACCCCAUUGGAAGAGGAGUGCCAAUGGACCAUUCAGUGUCAGCAGAGCUCCAGGAACAUCCCUCAGAAGGCACCUCAAAGGACACCCCAGCAUCCACACCCCAGAGACCUUUCCAGGAACGCCAAGCGCCCCAGGACUGCCCCAGGUGGACAUCGAGGAACCCCCAGGUGCCUCGACGCCCCACAGCUCCUCAGUGCUAA